CUGGAGCUGCGCGUAUUGUAUGAUGUGACUACCGUACCACUUUGCGGGCUCUUCUGUGUCUUUUUUUUUUCUUCCUUUCUUUAUCUUGAUUUUAGUACGCGGAAUGCAACUCCUUCACUUACAGUUCUGUUGGUUCAACAUACUCUUCAUAUGCGCUGCGGAUAGGUGAAAUGGCAUCUACAUUUUCGAGUGCUGUAGCUCUAAUAACUGCUGGAGACCUUCAUUCUCUUGAAAGGUCUCUUAAUAACAAGCAUGUGAGCCCUGAUGAACGAGACGAGAAUGGUCAAACAUUGCUGAUGAUAGCUGCACAGUACGGACAACUUCCAAUUGUUGAAGAACUGAUACGACAAGGAGCUGACAUUCAUCUAGAGGACCUUGACAAUUGGACAGCACUACUAAAUGCUGCAAAAGAAGGAUAUACAGACAUUGUUUCAGAACUUGUUAUGCACAAUGCAGAUAUUGAGCAUCGAGACGUGGGUGGAUGGACUGCCCUUAUGUGGGCAUGCUACAAGGGUCACACGGAGACUGCUCGGUAUUUGCUGGAGCAGGGGGCCUUUCCAAAUGUGCAUGACCUGAACCACAUGUCCUGCCUCAUCUGGGCAGCAGGCCGGGGGCACCAGAGUAUUGUGGGUGACCUACUCAGCUACGGUGCGAAAGUCAACUCUGGUGACAAGUAUGGAACUACUCCAUUGGUCUGGGCAUGUCGUCGAGGGUUUACAGGCAUUGUUGAGAUGCUGCUGGAAGCAGGGGCAAACGUUGACACCGCUGGGAUGUACUCAUGGACGGCUUUAAUAAUCGCGGCAAAAGGAAACUACUCUGACAUCGUCAGCAUGCUACUGGAGUACAAGCCAAAUGUUAAUGCUGUUGAUGCUGACGGUUACACAGCGUUGGCCAUUGCCUGCAAGGAAGGGUUCACGGAUAUUGCUGUCUCAUUGUUGAAUGCUGGUGCUUAUGUCAACAUGCACGAUCGCAGUGGAGACACUAAUCUGAUCCAUGCGGCGAAAGCUGGAAAUUUUUCUAUUGUGGAUGUCCUGCUAAAAAAGUAUGCCGAUAUCGAUGUACAGGGCAUGGACAGAAAAACUGCUCUUUAUUGGGCUGUGGAGAAAGGGUACACAGACAUUGUACGCGUGAUUCUGCACGCCAAUCCAAAUCUUGAACUAGCAACAAAAGAUGGGGACACUCCAUUGAUGAAAGCAACAAGGAUUCGUAACACAGAUAUAGUACAGAUGUUGAUUGAUAAGAAAGCGAAAGUGUCUGCCACAGACAAGAGAGGAGACACAGCACUUCAUAUAGCAAUGAGAGCUCGUAGCAAGGGUAUUGUGGAGAUACUCUUGCGCAAUCCAAAGAACAGUCAGCUCUUGUACAGGCCAAACCGGAGCAAUGAGACACCCUACAACAUUGACACAAGCCAUCAAAAAAGCAUUCUUGCCCAAAUUUUUGGUGCUCGUCGUUUGAACACCAAUGAGGACAACGAAAAUAUGCUGGGUUACGACUUGUACAGUAGCGCAUUGGCAGACAUCUUGAGUGAACCAUCUUUGUCCAUGCCCAUUUCAGUGGGCCUCUAUGCCAGAUGGGGAAGCGGCAAAUCUUUUCUUCUUGGCAAGCUUGAAGAGGACAUGCGAAGCUUUGCAGUGCAAUGGCUGGAACCAACAUUUUCCUUCACCUGGAUCCUGUUUUGCCUGGUAUCGUUCUGUUCAAGCAUGCUAGGCUACUGCGUCCUUCUGGCAACAGGACAAUGGCUGCUGGGGCUCAGCUUGGGAACUGGAGCCUUCCUGUUUACCUACUGCAUUCUUUAUUUCAUAAGGUAUGGCAACAGUCAUCAUGAUUGGAAUUGGGCUUAUAAAUUCUGCAUCAAAAUGGAGCACAUGCUCAGUUCUUUCAAGACUGUUCUUCAAGUUAUCUUUUGCCACCCUCCAGCAACAAACAAGGACUUUGGUUCAAGUCCUGUGAGAUUCAUAUUUACAGAGCAAAACAAAGUGAGCAGCUCUGGUGUUGGGGAUGCUUCAAUUGCAUAUAUUAUCAUUUCAUUGUUUUGUGCCAUUGAAGACGAGUUUGGCUUCUUUACAACGAGAUUCUACAGGGUUUUUCAACCCAAACCAGUGGCCUCUUCCAGCUGGACGUGGCGACGGCUGUGUUGUAUACCAAACUUCGUCAUCUUCCUGGGGACCCUUGUGUGCCUCCUGGGUGCUGUUGGUAUGCUGGUGGAGAUGCUGUCCGAGGAUGAGCAAGAUGGUGGCAGCCACACACAGCCAAUUCUUAUUUCACUGGCCAGUGUGGUAGCUGUUGUUAUGCUGACCAACCUUUACACCUGGGUGCGCAUCUUACUAUCACUCUUUCGCUCCCAUCAUCGCCGUAUCCACAGCUACUUGGCCCACGUGGAUGCCACUUCGGGUGGCUACAUGGAAGCACUUAAGGGAGAAAUCGAGCUUAUGAGUUCCAUGGUUCACUGUCUGGAUGCCUUUGUUCGUAAGCAAACCCGUCUGGUUUUAAUUGUGGAUGGUCUGGAUAGCUGUGAACAGGACAAGGUUUUACGUGUUCUGGAUGCUGUUUAUAUGCUUUUCUCUGACGCUGGACAUCCCUUUGUCACAAUUUUGGCUUUGGAUCCUCAUAUAAUUAUUAAGGCGAUUGAGGCCAAUCUACACAGGGCUUUCCAGAACACAACUGUUCGUGGAUAUGACUACCUACGCAACAUUGUGCACCUGCCCUUCUACUUGCAAAAUAGUGGACUCCGAAAAGUCAGGGCAGCACAACAGACGGCUGUAGGGCUGAAAAGAAGUGGCAGCCACUGGUGCGAGAAAGAGGAAGUGGAGAAAGCUGCUCAGACCAUUGUUAGCACAGGUCCUGACCGACCAGGGAAUCGUCGUGUGUCAAACUCGAGCAUGUCAAUCCCGGAGUCAUUCCGAAAGCCCUCGCAGCAGCGUAAAGGCAAUCAGAAACUGAAGGCAAGUGAAAGUGUGGCUUCAAGCAUGAGUAACCUUCAUCGAGGAGUGACGGGAGCCCAAGAUCUGACUAAAGUACUUUUGACCGAUGAUUACUUUAGCGACAUCAAUCCACGUUCCAUGCGCCGGCUCAUGAACAUUGUUUACGUAACAGGUCGUUUGUUGAAAGCAUUUAACAUAGAUUUCAACUGGUACCAUUUGGCUUCAUGGGUGAACAUUACAGAACAGUGGCCUUACCACACUUCAUGGAUCAUUUUGUAUUAUGAAUUGCAUGAAAAUGAAAUUGAUGAUUCCACAUCACUGAGGUCAAUCUUUGAAAAGAUCAAAGGAAAGGUGCCCACAGGAAAAGAUCUGCAGCCACUUUUUGAUGUUGACCAUGAUGUCAGGAAGUUUGAAAUAUUUCUAAGCUUCCACUCGGCAUCGUUGUUAAUUAGUGACCUCAAGAUCUUUGUGCCCUUCACUAUAAAUCUUGACCCAUACAUACGAAGAGUGAUUCAAGAGCGGUAUCAGUCCCAGCCUGAAAGUGAUCGGCUCAUUCAGAAGUGUGGAUCUGGGCCAUUUGUGCCGCCAGCCCCACCACUGGGUUCAGUAGGCAUGAUGGGCCCAGCCGGGACACCGUGGACCCCAUUGAAGGCUGAGCUGUUGUACCCCCAAGCUCCAUCGACACCUGUCAUGUCUACAGAACCUUACCAGCAGCAACCAUACCACUUAUGGUGGUCAGUUGGCUCUCCAGGAACUUCAAGCACAAUGCCUGUAGCACCAGUGGCACCUUUAGUCCGUGUUUGGAAUGAACCUUUUACGAGCAAGCUAAGCUCUCUUACUGUAGAGGGCGUGUCAAACUUUCUUGAGGGCCUUGAAGGUAUUGACAAGUCACGAGUACCAGACUAUCAAAGCACACUGACGCGGCACAACAUUCACGGCCAAGUUCUGUUGACAUGCAAUAUACCUGAACUGCGAGAUGUGCUCAGUAUGACUUUUGGUGACUGGGAAAUCUUCAAGAUGGCUAUCUUGUCGUUACGUGAGCAAGAGUUUCAACGUGCACAGCCUAGUGCUUCAGCUGAAGACUUGCCUCCUAUACCGUUUACACGAGACCGUACACACUCAGUAUCUUCAGCAGCUCCAGGUGACCAUGCUGAUUCCAAAACAAAAGAUAAAACAAGUGAAUGUUCAGAUAAGUCGGAAAAGAUGUCCUCUUCACACUCUCAGUCAACUUCAAGACGACCGAACUCAUCACUCGAAAAACAGGUGACAAUGGAGGAGAGCUUGAUUGUUGGUGCCUUGGAGACCCUUAGUGAAGAAGCCAUGGAGGAUACGCUUGAUGAAAGUGUAGCCCCACAUGCUGGAUUUCAUCAUUCGCAGGUGUUGAGCCCAAUCUUGUCUGAUCCCGGCGAGGGAGAGGAAACAAGUGGGACAACAGUGCGUACAACGGGGGAUAAUGAGAUUGAUGUUGUUUACCUCAAAAUGCCUCAUGGGUCCCCAAAGUACAACUACUCACCACUGUCGGCCUCUGUUCCGGACUAUGAAUGGGGUGUGCAAGGACCAAGCCCCACAGUGUACUGUAGCGCUGAUCUUCCACUUGAGAGCUAUGGUGUGUCAGCACCACCUUCAAUUGCUUCCAGUCCGAAUGCUCCACCACCAGGGUCAUUUGACACUGCCUCUUUCAUGGGAAAAUUGGAUGCAACCAGCCAGAAGCCACGCAACAAGCAUCUUGACUCAGUUGUGGCACAGGAAGGCAUGUCUCGUCGGGGCAGCCUAUCACGAGAUGCAGCUGAGAGCAGCUUGAUUGACCAUUGGAAAGGUUUGGGUGGUUCUGACUCACACCAGGAGGGUCACCGGCUGGAGACCUUAUCACACCCCAAUGACACAGCAGAUGAUGAGAAUGCUCCACUCAUUGAAGUUGCGAGGCCUAUGUUUCUUGCAACGAUGGCAUCAAGGGAUGUGGAAAGCUCAACGCGCAGAGAAAGGGAGUUCAUUCAACCUUUUAAGCUUUCCCGUGGAGCUAGAAGGUUCAACAUUGAACGCCAGUUCUCUGUGGACGAGCGGUCCGACAUUGACCCAGAGGAGCACAGGUUAGAUGGGGCAAAAUCCACGUCAACGGCGUCGCUCACAAUGCUCAGGAAUAACGCGGAUGGGGCGACAGAGACAUCGAGCCCAGCCACAGCACUUACUCCUCUAUCAUCUUCGUCAGGGAGGUCCCCCGAGGGAGAUCCAAAAGUGCAUCGCAGCUCUGUCCCUUCAGCGCAGCCUGAUGAGCAAAAAAGCCCAGAAGGUGGCGUGGUGCCUUCACAGAGUACACCUUUUAAGCUUCCAGAGUUGUCAAGCCGCACCUUUUUGCGGCAGUUGACAGAUCAAGAACAGAAAAGUCAAGCUGGCCAGGCGUCAUGUGUGGCAACGUCAUCAGACACUGUUGUCAUUGCUGGUAAGGCGACUGAUGCGAAGCAUCUCUUCUCAAGCUCUGAGACUGUUAUCUAGACUGACAAAUCCUGGUGAAGUAUUGUUUUGUUCGGUGCAUUUCUUUGACCUGCUGUUUCACUUUCAGAGCUAGUGUGAGUGAAAGCUCUUCGUAUACAUAUAGUUCAUGGGGAACAAAGAUGAUCAGGCCUUCAAUAAGUUUUGUAUAAAAGGCCACAUUGUAUUUUUCUAGUCUAGCAUUUCAAUAUCAUAAGGUGGCAGUGUGCCGUCAUUAUGAAAGUGUGGUCAUCUUAAAUUAUAGCGGGCAUUUUGUUGGUAUCUAUGAGCUGCCUUUUUGGUUCUGCUCCGUAUAUUAUCCAUGGAACCUAUAUUGCAUGUGUAGCCAAGAACAUUGAGAAUAGAAAAUUAUUGAUGCGGUGUUCACUAGUAGCUGCCGUUAAAACCUAAAAUGAUAAACAGGAUUGCUAUUUUGUUCUGUGCCUAGGUUUUCUUUAUUAAACUGGACACAAAUACUAACCGAUUAUUUUUUUCCUCAAGCAAGAAUUUGCAAUAUGUUUAACUAAACGAAUUCGUGCAUCUACAUAUUUUCAUGCAUCUAUGUUUUUUUAAUUUUUCUUUCUUUUUACCCCAUCAGCACUCUUAUGAAAGCAGUGUCCACAGGUGAAUGGUUUGACUUGCUGCGGUAUUUUAGCGGCUAAGGUGUUGCACUGCUGAGCUCAAAAGUGGGGGUUCAUUGGUCACAGCAGCUGCAUUUCAGUGAGAGUGAAAUGCAAAUUGCCCAUUCCUAAGGUUUAGAUAUUGUCGCGACGUGAAGA